GGCUGGGGACAGAACCCACGUCACUUAUGGGGCUGAAAACAACAGGAUCUCACUUAUGGGGCUGGGAAUGACAGGAUCUCACUUAUGGGGCUGGGGACUGAACCCUUCUCACUUCUGGGGCUGGAAGAGGGAUGGGGACUGACAGGAUCUCACUUAUGGGGCUGGGGAACAAACCCAUGUCACUUAUGGGGCUGGGACUAACAGCAUCUAUCUCACUUAUGGGGCUGGGAGAGGGAUGGGGACUGAACCCACAUCACUUAUGGGCUGGGGACCGAGCUCAUAUCAACUUAUGGGGCUGGGACCAAACUCAGGUCACUUAUGGGGCUGGGAGAGGGACUGCAGACCGAACCCACAUCACUUAUGGGGCAGGGAUCAAACCCACGUCACUUAUGGGGCUGGGAUCAAACCCACAUCACUUAUGGGGCUGGGGACUGGGCUGGGAGAGGGAUGGGGCCAUGGGGAUUGAACCCAUAUCAACUUAUGGGGCUGAACCCAUGUCACUUAUGGGGCAGGACGCGAACCCUUCUCACUUCUGGGUCUGGACGUCAUCACUUAUGGGGCAGGCGCCAUCCAUGCCCCCCACACGGCGUUCCCGGUGCCGGCCUGUGCCCAUCUCACUUAUGGGGCUGGGGACUAACAGCACCUCACUUAUGGGGCUGGGGACUGAACAUAGAUCACUUAUGGGGCUGGGAGAGGGAUGGGGACUGAACCCGGAUCACUUAUGGGGCUGGGGACCGAAAUCCAUAUCAACUUAUGGGGCCGAACCCAGGUCACUUAUGGGGCUGGGACUAACAGGGACCUCACUUAUGGGCUGGGAGCAGGACGGGGACCGAACCCAUAUCAACUUAUGGGCCGAACCCAGGUCACUUAUGGGGCUGGGAGAGGGAUGGGGACCGAACCCUUCUCACUUAUGGGGCUGGGAGCCAUCACUUAUGGGGCUGGAAGAGGGAUGGGGACUGACAGGAUCUCACUUAUGGGGCUGGGAGAGGAUGGGGACCAAACCCAGGUCACUUAUGGGGCAGGGACUGAACCCAUGUCACUAUGGGCCGAACCCAGGUCACUUAUGGGGCUGGGACUAACAGGACCUCACUUAUGGGGCUGGGAGAGGGACGGGGACUGAACCCAUAUCAACUUAUGGGCCGAACCCAGGUCACUUAUGGGGCUGGGAUGGGCUGAGAACCGAACCCGGAUCACUUAUGGGGCCGAACAGAAGG